CUGAAGAAGAUGAAGCUAAAGAAGCUAAAAAAGACAAAGCUGAAGAAGCUAAAGAAGCGAAGCUGAAAAAGCUGAAGACGAAAAUAGUGAGAAUGACGAUAGUAAAUACAACGAAGAUGAUAGCUCAAG